GGGAAGGGAUAAAGGAAGGGAAAGGAAGGGGCGGCGGGGCCGGGCCGGGCCGGGGGGUCCCGGCCGUGAGGAGCGAGCGGUGAUCGGCGCCGGGAGGACGGCGGCGUCCUGGAGGCGUUGGGACCAUGACUCUGGAGUCCAUGAUGGCGUGUUGCCUGAGCGACGAGGUGAAGGAGUCGAAACGCAUCAACGCCGAGAUCGAGAAACAGCUGCGGAGGGACAAGAGGGACGCGAGGAGGGAGCUGAAACUGCUGCUGCUGGGCACUGGGGAGAGUGGGAAAAGCACGUUCAUUAAGCAAAUGCGUAUCAUUCAUGGCUCAGGCUACUCUGAAGAGGACAAAAAAGGUUUUACCAAGCUGGUAUAUCAAAACAUCUUCACUGCCAUGCAGUCCAUGAUCAGGGCCAUGGAAACCCUGAAGAUUCUGUACAAAUACGAACAGAACAAGGCCAACGCAGUCCUGAUCCGGGAAGUGGAUGUAGAAAAGGUCAUGACAUUUGAGCAGCCCUACGUAAGUGCAAUUAAAACCUUGUGGAACGACCCUGGAAUACAGGAGUGUUAUGACAGAAGAAGAGAAUACCAACUUUCUGAUUCAGCUAAAUACUAUCUCAGCGACGUGGAUCGUAUUGCUACCCCAGGAUAUCUACCAACUCAGCAAGAUGUGCUACGGGUUCGAGUUCCUACGACCGGGAUCAUAGAGUACCCCUUUGACCUAGAGAAUAUUAUCUUCAGAAUGGUGGAUGUCGGAGGUCAGAGAUCAGAACGGAGGAAGUGGAUCCAUUGCUUUGAAAAUGUGACUUCCAUCAUGUUUUUAGUAGCACUUAGUGAAUAUGACCAAGUUCUGGUGGAGUCUGAUAAUGAGAACCGGAUGGAAGAGAGUAAAGCUCUCUUCCGAACCAUUAUCACUUAUCCCUGGUUCCAAAACUCAUCAGUUAUCCUCUUCCUGAACAAGAAGGAUCUGUUGGAAGACAAGAUCCUCUAUUCCCAUCUCGUUGACUAUUUCCCAGAGUUUGAUGGCCCGCAGAGGGACGCGCAGGCAGCCCGCGAGUUCAUCCUCAAGAUGUUUGUGGAUCUGAACCCAGACAGCGACAAAAUCAUCUACUCCCACUUCACGUGUGCCACGGACACGGAGAACAUCCGCUUCGUCUUUGCGGCCGUGAAGGACACCAUCCUACAGCUCAACCUGAAGGAAUACAACCUGGUUUGACCCCCUCGGAACGGCAGCGUUGGUGUAAAGCAAAGAAUCCCCCACCCCUCCCAUCCCAAAUCCCCCCCCACUAAAAAAAAAAGAAAAAAAAGAAAAAAAAAAAAAAAGAAUUAAUUUUAAACACGACAGGAAACAAAAAAUACCCACAAAAAAGCCCCAAGGAAGGAAGGUUGGAGUUGAUGCUGUUUCUCCUGGUGGCCGAUCCGUGUGCGCUGCCAGCCCGGCCCCUGUUUGUACCAAACCGCUUUGAUUUCACCGUUGAUGGGGAUACGCCUCAUUCCUUCAGCACUUUGCUCACCUCUUCCUUGUUGCCAAGCAGCCGCGGCCACCUCAUCUCCAGCUUCUUUCUUUUCGGUUCCCGUUGCUUUUAACCCCUUUUCCUUUGUUUUUUCCCCUCUUCAUUCCCGGAGGAGAAAGAACAUCCCAGCCGGGUGCUGAAGGCGCCGCUCUAUGGGAGGUGGGGUGCUGCUGCUCCUUUGCCUUGUGCUGUAGGCUGCCCUCGGUGUCAUUUGCUAACCCUGCUUGCUCCCCCCUCCCAUCCCCUUCCCCAGCUUCACUCUGAUGGGACAUUGGGGAGCACCAGCAGCUCUGACUGUAGUGCAAAAAAACCCCAACCCACAAAAAAAGGCAAAACACACCCAAAAAGCAAAGAUCGGCCAUUGCUUCUCCACCCUGCAGCUGUUGGGCUUCUCGGUUGCUGCCUUUUCUUCCUUCCCUUAUCGAUCAUAAAGUCCUGCAGGCCGUGAUCUCACUGUGCAGCCAUUGAUGCUGCGCAUGGCCAGCAGCACAGAGCCUUGUUUUGCUCAUGGACCACAAAGGAUGGGAGCUGAGCAUGGGGACGUGCCUCCCUGUUACCUCUCAGCUCUUUUUCUCUCUCUUUCUCCUUAGUUUUAAUUCUUUGCCCCAUUCUAUCACACACACCAUCCCCCCAACACACUAUGAGGGCGGUUUGCCCGCAGCUCUCAGAGCUCAGCAUCCAUCCCUGGGGCUGGGGCUGCAUUGCUCAGCUCCAGCCUCUCGUUGUUCUCUUGCUGCUAGCAGCACACAAGCCUUGUCUAUUGCUCCGUGCCAUGCGGUGUCUGCCUUGCUAAGAGUUCCCAGGUUGUGGAUUUGAGGAAGGAGCAGAGCUGCUGCUCGCGGCCGUUGGGACGUGGGCAGGAUGGUGGGUGCUCUGUGUGCGUUCCCCAGCGUGUGCUGCUGCGUUUGCUCCUCGGAGCAGCGUGGAUCCCCCCUAUAGGACCCACGGGGUCGUUGUGCUGGUGGUGGCUGCGGGGUCAGGGCUGGUUGAGCUGCUGCAGCAGGAGGUGACGUGGAGGCGGUGCUGCAUUGCACAGCAAACUCUGCUCGGGAUGCAGCACUUUGGUGCAUCCCAGGUGCUCACAUUGGUGGCCUGGAGGGCAACUGCAGCACAAGGCAGGGAAUAGGGAUGGGGGGACCUGGUCCAGCUCUGGGGCUGCAUCUUCCAGCCGUCACAAAUGCUUCUGUUCCAAUCCCAACCUGCAGCAUCGGGUCCAAACCCGCCAGGCCGACCAGAGCCGCCUCGUGCUGCGGGGUUUUGUCUCAUUGCAGGCAGCACAGGGGGGUGUUUUGCACAGCUUCGCUUUGGUAACACUAAACCCAGGCUGCCCUUCUUUGGGGCAGCUCCUCUUUGCAUCCCCCCAUGUUGGCCGGGGGGUCCCCGUGUGUCACAGCUUCGCAUUGACCCAGUUGCUUCAGUUUUCAUCGCUCCUUUCUUUGUUUGUCCGGUUGGUUUUUGAUCUUUACGCCACAAAGAUCCAUUCUGGAGAGGUUCCUCCCUCCCAGGGGCUCCUCUCACCUUCAUCUGCACCCAGACCCGCUUUGUCCCACGCAGAGCACAGCGCCGGGCUCCUUUUAACCCCCCCAUCCCCAUGGAGGGCUGGCACUGCGCUGCUGGGAGCCCCCCCCGGCUCCAUUCCCAGGGGGGAACCUGAAGUGGAUGAGUUGAGGACCACCCCCAACCCCCCCCAACCCAGAGCCGGGUUCUUUGCUCUGCUGUUGCUCCCUCCCACAUCAGCAUUGCCUUCCAAUGGGGGUCGGGUUGGUUUUGUCCGUUUUUAUUAUUAUUUCCCCCCCCCCCCCCCCCUUUUUUUUUUCCCCUCUGUGUUUUAAUUUUUGUUUUUAAUAAUAAUAAAUAUUAUAUAUAUAUAAAUAUAUAUAUAAAUCUAUAUAUCAGAAAUAACAAAGAGAGAUCCCGACGGCAGCCACCACCACCACAACCAGGAGCUGUGGGUCGCACUGAGCCCAGUUCAGCAUCACAGCCCCCGGUUCCGCUUUGUGCCAACACCCCCCCCCCAAUUUUCCUUUCCUAGUGCCGGAGAUUCUUUACAAGUGCCAACGUGGUGGGGAUGCUUUGGUUUGGUUCCACUCGGAUGCUGUUUUAAGGUGGUUUCAGCGUUAUCCUGUAUGAUGGGGGGGGGGGGGGGGGAAGAAGAAAGAAAGGGGGGAUUAAAUAGAUGGUAAAACAACCAAACCCACCCACACAGGAGCUCCCCUCUCACCCGCUGUUUUUAAACCUUGUCGUUUGCGAUGCAUGUGGUGUUGUGCGUGUUGCGGUGGGGGGGAGGAGGGUCGGGUCGGGUCGGGUCGGGUCGGGGGGGUUCGGAUCGCGCUGCCCGCUGUCAGGUCCGAUUCAGGCUCCAAACUGCCUCAUUCCAGGUUGGACCGGGAUUGUUCCGGUCCAACUCCGACCGCCGGGCUCCAAACCCUUCGCUGCGGAAAUACCCGCUGGGAAUGGAUUUUCAUAUCUUUCUCCUGGAAAUCAAUUCUCUGUUUGAAAUUGGAAUAAAUUUUGUUCCUAAAAGUC